GUGUCCUUGCCAUCUGCUUCUCUUUCUCUCUCCAGAGCACUUGCUUUCCCCUCAAAAAGCUCAAAUCUUAAUUGCAGAGGAGCCAUUUCUAGGGUUUUCUGUUCGUCUCUAUUGCUAGAAAUUGGAGAAACUACCCUCUUAAAUGGUGGUCUUAAUUUUGAUAAUGCUAUGCUUCCAAUUGCAGAAUCCUGACCUUCAAUUGUAAUGACUUUCGCCACCAGUGAAUGGCUCGAUUUCACUCUUUUAGUCUCUUCCAUUUCGCCAUUCUCGCAAACACACUAAUUGCAAACCAUAACCUCGUUCUCUGCUGGAGUAGGGGGGAUUAUUUAUCAAUAAUCGAUUUAGAUUCCAAUCUAUUUCACCAGGAUUAUUCCCCUCCAUCGCCACCACCUCCGCCGCCGCACGCUCCGUCGGUUUCUUGCACUGAAGAUCUCGGCGGAAUAGGCUCGCUGGACACCACUUGCCAGAUAGUCUCUGACGUGAACCUUACCCGUGAUGUGUACAUAGCAGGGAAGGGCAAUUUUUAUGUCCAUCCUGGGGUGAGUUUCAAUUGUCCCUCUGCUGGUUGUUCUAUAACCGUUAACAUCACAGGCAAUUUUACUUUGUCAAUCAAUGCCUCCAUUGUUACUGGGAGCUUUGAGCUCGUGGCAUAUGAUGCGGGCUUUCUCAAUGGAACUGUAGUAAACACGACGGGAUUGGCUGGGAAACCGCCACCGCAGACGAGUGGAACCCCUCAGGGGACAGAUGGUGCUGGAGGAGGGCAUGGAGGAAGGGGGGCUUGUUGUGUAGUGGAUGAUAAGAAGCUGCCGGAGGAUGUUUGGGGAGGGGACGCGUAUUCGUGGUCUUCUUUGCAGACUCCGUCAAGUUAUGGAAGCAGGGGAGGGACUACGAGUAAGGAGGUGAAUUAUGGCGGUGGAGGGGGUGGAAAAGUGACAUUGACCAUAAUCGAGCAUGUGGUAGUCGAUGGCUACAUAUUGGCUGAUGGAGGUGAUGGGGGUACCAAGGGAGGUGGAGGCUCUGGUGGCAGCAUCUGCAUAAAGGCCCAUAGAAUGACUGGAAGUGGCAGAAUAAGUGCUUGUGGAGGCAGUGGUUUUGCUGGUGGUGGCGGUGGAAGAGUUUCAGUUGACAUUUUCAGUAGGCAUGACGAGCCUCAGAUUUUUGUGCAUGGAGGAAGUAGUCGUGGCUGCCCAGAAAAUGCAGGUGCUGCGGGGACUUUAUAUGAUUCUGUUCCUCGGAGCCUUAUUGUUAAUAAUUACAACAUGUCAACAGAUACUGAGACCCUUCUUUUAGACUUUCCUUAUCAGCCGCUUUGGACAAAUGUUUAUGUUCGAAAUAAUGCCAGGGCCACCGUACCUUUGCUUUGGAGUCGUGUCCAGGUCCAAGGACAGAUAAGUGUAUUGUGUGGUGGAGUGCUGAGCUUUGGUCUAGCUCAUUAUGCUUCAUCUGAAUUUGAACUAUUGGCAGAAGAACUCUUAAUGAGUGACUCUGUAAUGAAGGUAUAUGGGGCUUUGCGCAUGACUGUAAAAAUAUUAUUAAUGUGGAAUUCCAAAAUGAUAAUAGACGGUGGUGAAGAUGUAACAGUUGAAACUUCUUGGCUUGAGGCUAGUAAUUUAAUUGUUCUCAAGGAAUCGUCUGUCAUACAUUCUAAUGCAAAUCUUGGAGUUCAUGGACAAGGUUUAUUGAAUUUGUCAGGACCAGGCGACUCAAUUGAAGCGCAACGUCUGGUUCUAUCACUAUUUUACAAUAUUCAUGUUGGACCUGGAUCUGUUUUACGCGGUCCUCUGAAAAAUGCAACAAGUGAUGCUGUGACACCAAGGCUUCAUUGCGAACUUGAAGAUUGCCCUAUUGAACUCCUUCAUCCACCUGAAGAUUGCAAUGUGAACUCAUCUUUGUCUUUUACUCUUCAGAUAUGUCGAGUGGAGGAUAUCACUGUUGAAGGACUCAUAAAGGGAUCUGUUGUUCAUUUCCAUCGGACAAGAACUGUGUCUGUCCUAUCUCAUGGAACAAUUAGUGCAUCUGGGAUGGGUUGCACAGGUGGUGUGGGUAGAGGUCAGGUUUUAGAAAAUGGUAUUGGCAGUGGUGGUGGCCAUGGCGGUAAAGGUGGGCUUGGAUGUUACAAUGGUAGCUGUGUUGAGGGUGGUAUUUCAUAUGGAAAUGCAGAGUUUCCUUGUGAACUUGGUAGCGGAAGUGGAGAUGAUAACUCAUCCAGUAAAACAGCAGGUGGUGGUAUCAUAGUAAUGGGUUCAUUGGAGCAUCCUUUGUCAAGUUUGUCUGUUGAAGGCUCAGUGGGAGCUGAUGGAGAAAGUUUUGAAGAAAUUGUCAAGCAGAGAGAGUUUAUUGUUAGAAAUGGUACCAGUGGAGGUCCUGGGGGUGGUUCUGGAGGAACUAUGCUGUUGUUUUUGCAUACGUUAGAUCUUGGUGAGUCUGCUGUUCUUUCAAGUGUUGGGGGUUAUGGUAGCCCGAAUGGGGGUGGUGGUGGAGGUGGUGGAAGGAUUCACUUCCACUGGUCAGACAUUCCCACUGGAGAUGUAUACCAGCCCAUUGCCAGUGUAAAAGGAAGCAUUCUCACUGGUGGAGGUUUGGGUAGAGAUGAGGGUCAUGCUGGAGAAAAUGGAACAGUGACUGGGAAAGCUUGCCCAAGAGGGCUUUAUGGAGUAUUUUGCAAGGAAUGUCCAGCUGGCACUUAUAAGAAUGUCACUGGAUCUGAUAGAGCUCUUUGCCAUCCAUGCCCUCUCAAUGAGCUUCCCCAUCGUGCUAUUUAUGUUGCUGUCCGAGGUGGUAUUGCUGAAACACCAUGUCCUUACAAAUGCAUCUCAGACAGAUUUCAUAUGCCGCAUUGUUAUACGACACUUGAAGAGUUGAUUUACACUUUUGGUGGUCCAUGGUUAUUUUGUCUUCUUCUCAUGGGUCUUCUCAUCCUCUUAGCCUUGGUACUUAGUGUUGCGCGGAUGAAGUUUGUUGGUGUUGAUGAAUUACCAGGCCCAGCUCCCACUCAUCAUGGCUCUCAAAUUGAUCACUCAUUCCCUUUCUUGGAGUCGCUGAAUGAGGUCUUGGAAACAAAUAGAGCUGAGGAGUCUCAGAGCCAUGUGCACAGAAUGUAUUUUAUGGGUCCUAAUACUUUUAGUGAACCUUGGCAUCUUCCACACACUCCUCCUGAGCAAAUAACAGAAAUUGUAUACGAGGGUGCAUACGGUACAUUUGUGGAUGAGAUCAAUUCUAUAACUGCUUAUCAAUGGUGGGAAGGUGCCAUGUACAGCAUUCUUUCUGUUCUGGCAUAUCCCCUGGCAUGGUCAUGGCAACAGUGGCGCAGAAGAAUCAAAUUACAAAGAUUGCGUGAGUUUGUUCGAUCUGAGUAUGAUCAUGCUUGCUUACGUUCUUGUCGUUCACGAGCUCUUUAUGAAGGGCUUAAGGUAGCUGCAACUCCUGACUUAAUGCUUGCAUAUCUGGACUUCUUCCUUGGUGGAGAUGAAAAGAGGACAGAUCUUCCUCCUCCCUUAGGUCAAAGAUUUCCAAUGUCUAUAAUUUUUGGAGGUGAUGGAAGUUACUUGGCUCCCUUCUCAAUUCAAAGUGAUAAUAUCCUUACCAGCCUUAUAAGCCAGAUGGUCCCUCCUACAACUUGGUAUCGAAUGGUGGCUGGUUUGAAUGCACAACUACGCCUAGUUCGUAGGGGGCAGCUAAGACUAACAUUUCGUUCUGUCGUUAGAUGGCUUGAAACUCAUGGCAAUCCUGCUUUGAGAGUCCAUGGGAUACGUGUAGAUCUUGCGUGGUUUCAGGCCACAGCUUGUGGUUAUUGCCAGUAUGGACUCUUGGUUUAUGCUGUUGAAGAAGAAACUGUCGAAAGUAUUGAUGGCACUAAACAAACUGAACAAGAGUCAUGUAUGAAGGGUGCUUAUAGAGGAAAUUCAUCUGGUCAUUUGGGAGUUGAAACACUGUCAAGCCAAGCCCCCAUAAUCAGAGGAAGUUAUACAAGGCAGAAAAAGGGUUACGGGGGCAGUGUGGAUGCUAACACUUUACAAAUGCUUGAAGAGAAGACAGAUAUAUUUUGCCUUCUCUCUUUCAUAAUUCAUAAUACUAAACCUGUUGGCCACCAGGAUCUUGUUGGUUUGGUCAUCUCAAUGCUGCUUCUAGGAGAUUUUAGUUUAGUAUUGCUUACUUUGCUCCAGUUGUAUUCAAUUUCAUUUGUAGACGUGUUUCUGGUUUUGUUUAUUUUACCUCUUGGUAUUCUCCUGCCAUUUCCUGCUGGAAUCAACGCUUUAUUCAGUCAUGGACCUAGGCGUUCUGCUGGCCUUGCACGUAUCUAUGCUUUGUGGAAUCUUACGUCCUUAAUUAAUGUUGCUGUCGCGUUUAUUUGUGGGUAUGUUCACUAUCACAAUCAAUCUUCCUCGAGUAAAAAAUUCCCAUUUCAGCCAUGGAAUAUUAGCAUGGAUGAAAGUGAAUGGUGGAUAUUUCCGUCAGGACUGGUUCUCUGUAAGAUUCUACAAUCGCAACUUAUUAAUUGGCAUGUUGCAAAUUUGGAGAUUCAAGAUCGGUCGCUGUACAGUAAUGACUUUGAGCUCUUCUGGCAGUCGUGAUAAUGUCGAAGACAUUCUACAUUGAGGAGGUUCUUUUCUUGUUUUCUAUGCUUUUUUUUUUUUUCAAAAAAGAAAAAUAUAUAUUAUUUUUAUUUGAGAGCAAAAAGAAAUGGUUGACACAGCAGUAGAAAUAGAAAAUAGGAGAGAGAGAAAGCAUUCAUUCAUGUAUUUUCUUUGAACGAUAUGCAGUCAGGAUACAUAUUUUCUUUUCCUGUAUUGCGUUUCUAAUGUAUGAUGCAAUGUAAAUAUUAGGGGCUUAAUACCCAUCCACAUAAAAGAUUGCAUUCUAACCAUAUUAAUUUAAACUUCA